ACUCGUAUUAUUAUCCUUUUGAAGUGAUGUUCGAAACAUUUGCCCGUUAAUGUCCUCGGGUGUCGGGUCAAUGCAAACACAAAUCCAACGGCUACAUGACUGUUUCUCUCUCCUCUCUUCUCUCCGAUCGACAUUUCUACCUGAAAAAAACCAGAAAAUCGGCGAGAGAAUCGGAUCCUUUUGAAAACCUGAGGAUAGAAAAUAAACCCAACCAAUUAUCCAAUAUCUAAAAUCUCGAAAAAAAAAUGGCAAAAAAAAGAUCGUCUCAAUUCAUCGCCAAUUAAUAGCCGUCUCUGCAACAUCUCAUUCUCCAAUAUAACCUCACUUUCUUUACCCCAUUCACCUUCGAUUCUUUCACCUUGGUAAGAAAGAAUCCACUCUCUAUUCGUGCUGUGUCAUCGUCUUUCAAACCCAAUUUUUGAUGACCUUUUUGGUGGGUUAGAGGAGAGAGGGAAGUUGAGUAAUCAAUCCUUGUUAAAGCUUCAAAGUUUUUACCUUUUGGGCUUCUUGAUCUUCAUGACCCCUGAAUUUGGCGGUUUUCAGAGAAAGAAUGCAUCUUUAGGUUUUGAAGCUUUGAAUUUCUUCUGGGUUUCUCUUUUCAAUUGGUGCAUUGUAUAGUAUUCUUUUUAUUUUUGUAUUUUAUUUUUGGGUAUUUAUGUAUUUGGGCUAGAACUGGACUCUUUGAUCAUCAGGAGGACAAAUUCAAUUUGAUUGAGAGGUCUUGUUCAAUUUCAGCUGUUUGUGAAGCCUAUCAACUUGUAAGUUGGUAUAGUUGUAUAAAGAUUGUAAAUUGAAUUAGGAAUUUUUUUUUUUUUUUAAAAAAAAGGAGGUUGAAAAGCACAAUGUCAGUUGCUGAUGUUGCUUUGAGUCCGAUUUGUGGGGAGUUGGUACGAUCUCCCGGUUAUCUUGAUAGCCGGUUGGGUCUGUGCUCUGAUGAAUCGAUCAUAAUUUACCUCACUGUCGUUGGUUCUGUGAUUCCCAUAUGGGUAUUGGAGUCUGAUUCGAUUGCAUCAGUGAAGCUUAGGAUCCAAACUUGUAAAGGCUUUGUAGUGAAGAAACAGAAGCUAGUUUUUCGAGGCAGAGAAUUAGCGAGAAACGAUUCCCUCAUUAAGGACUAUGGUGUCACCGAAGGGAACGUUUUGCAUUUGGUUCUCCGGCUUUCUCAUCUCCUGCUCAUCACUGUUAGGACCGCCUGUGGGAAGAAAUUUGAGUUUCAGAUUGAUCGCUAUAAAAAUGUUGGGUAUCUCAAGCGACAAAUUGCCAAGAAAGUGAAUGGUUUUGUUGAUCGUGAGGAUGUAGUACUUUUUUGCAAUGGCGAGAAGCUCGAUGACCAGAGGCUAAUUGAUGAUAUUUGUAAGAAUACAGAUGCUGUGAUUCAUUUGGUAGUUCAGAAAUCUCCAAAAGUUGAGGCCAAGCCUGUGGAGAAAGAAGUCGAACUCUCUGUCAUAUCUCGGAAGCCUUUGGUUAGAGAUUUCUUGUUGGAACCGGUUUUUGUUAAUCCGAAGAUCAAAUUGUCUUCAAUGUUAUGGGAAAUGAUUAAGUCUACACUCCAUGGAUUGGAGAGAGGUAAACAACCUAUCAGAUCAUCUGAGGGUACUGGAGGAGCUUAUUUUAUGCAAGAUGCAUUAGGAAAAAAGUAUCUUUCGGUUUUUAAGCCCUUAGACGAGGAACCAAUGGCUGUGAAUAACCCUCAAGGGUUACCCUUAUCAUCAAACGGUGAAGGACUAAAAAGGGGAACAAGAGUUGGAGAAGGUGCAUUUAGAGAAGUUGCAGCAUACAUAUUGGAUCAUCCUAAGAGUGGUCCGCGCUCAUUGUUGAGUGGUGAGGUUGGAUUUGCUGGUGUGCCACCUACUGUUAUGGUUCAGUGCUUGCACAAGGGAUUUAAUUAUCCAGAAGGGUAUGAAUGUGCACCAAAGAAUGUUAAGAUUGGUUCAUUGCAAAUGUUUAUGAAGAAUUUUGGAUGUUGUGAGGACAUGGGUCCUAGGGAUUUCCCUGUGGAGGAGGUCCACAAGAUUAGUGUGUUUGAUAUAAGAAUGGUGAAUACAGAUAGGCACGCGGGAAAUAUUCUGGUGAUCAAAGAGGGUGAAGAAGGGCGUAUCGUGCUUAUUCCAAUUGAUCAUGGCUAUUGCUUGCCUGAGAAUUUUGAAGAUUGCACACUCGAUUGGCUCUAUUGGCCACAAGCACACCAACCUUACUCCCCAGAUACAGUUGAGUACAUAAGAUCACUGGAUGCUGAACAAGAUAUUGCACUUUUGAAGUGCUAUGGAUGGGACCUUUCAAUUGAGUGUGCACGUACACUCCGUAUCUCCACCAUGCUUUUGAAGAAAGGGGUAGAGAGAGGACUCACUCCUAAACUAGUAGGUGAACUCUUUCUGAUGUAG